CAGAAGUAUAUCUUCUUCACCGACUCUUUUAUUUCGUUGGCCGCGGUCUCCUCUUUGUCCACGACAAAUCCCAAUUUUAUAUUUAUUUUUUUUAUUCACAUCCAUAUUCAUUAAAUUAAUUUUAAAUUGUUGGAUAUAAUUUCUACUACUCUGUAUGAAUAUUGAGUAGUUUUCUGGAGAUUGAGCUCUUGAUUUUUGUGUUUGAAUAUGGAUUGUGAAAUAAAGAAAAUUUCUCACCAUGGGAUUGUCGUUAAUGGCGGAAACGACGAUUUUGGUUCACAUGCCAUCAGGAACAAGCUCAUUAUUGAUACCGAUCCCGGGAUUGAUGAUAGCAUGGCGAUCUUAAUGGCAUUCCAACAUCCGGAGUUGGAGAUCUUAGGUUUGACGACUGUAUUUGGUAAUGUGACUACGGAACAUGCCACUCGUAAUGCAUUACUUCUGUGUGAGAUCGCAGGGUGUCCAGGUAUUCCUGUAGCAGAAGGCAGCCCUGAACCUCUUAAGGGUGGGAGGCCACGUGUUGCUGACUUUGUUCAUGGCUCUGAUGGACUGGGGAAUAUAUUUCGACCUCCUCCUAAAACAAAGAAAUCUGAUAGAAGUGCUUCUGAAUUUUUAGUUGAAAAGGUCUCUGAAUAUCCUGGUGAAGUAUCCGUACUUGCACUUGGACCACUGACAAACUUGGCAUUGGCAAUCAAAAGGGACUCUUCAUUUGCUAGCAAGGUGAAAAAUAUAGUUGUACUUGGUGGCUCAUUCUUUGCAUUAGGAAAUGUGAAUCCUGCUGCAGAAGCAAAUAUUCAUGGAGACCCUGAAGCAGCUGAUGUUGUGUUUACUUCGGGAGCAAAUAUUGUUGUUGUUGGGAUAAACAUUACAACCCAAGUCAAAAUGACAGACUAUGACCUCCUCGAAUUGAAGCAAUCAAAGGGCAGGUAUGCUCAGCUGCUAAGUGACAUGUGCAAGUUCUACAGAGAUUGGCAUGUGAAGUCAGAUGGUGUAUACGGGAUAUUCCUCCAUGACCCUGUCAGUUUCAUGGCUCUAGUUCGGCCAGAUCUCUUCACAUACAAGAAAGGGGUUGUGAGGGUUGAGACGCAGGGCAUAUGCAUGGGGCAUACAUUGUUGGAUCAAGGAUUAAAAAAAUGGAAUGGUAGCAACCCAUGGACAGGCUAUUCCCCAGUAUCCGUCGCUUGGACAGUCAAUGUGGAUGAAGUCCUUAUUUAUAUUAAAAAACUGUUGAUGAAACCAUAAAAGCUGGAAACACCGCUUGACAUACUGAAACAUGGCCCAAAGAUUGGAUUGCUUUUGCUUUCUGCCAAAAGGCCCCUCCUAGUAAUUUAUUCUCCUCUUGCUACCCUUAUUUGGGUUUAAAAGGCUAAUAAUUGUCCUAAUAUUGGUGGAUCGUUUCUUUAUUGGAAAAACAUUCACUUCGACGACCCUCAACUAAUCAGAAAUACUGUAAAUGAUGCUUCAUCAUUCAUGUUUAAUGUUAAUGUUGGGGUCUUUCUACUAAUGUUCAUCGUUACAAAGGUUUACAUCAAAUAAAAAAUAAGAAGGCUCAGUUUCAUGCAAA